AUGAUUAGACCCCAAAUCCUAGUUCUGGUCAUCACUGUGUACUGGCAAGGACCGUCAGACUGCGUCGUAACGUUCAUCAUCUCCUCCAAAAUGCAACUAAAACUCUGCACUAUACUGUGCUCCCUUGCCACCGGCAUCACUGCCGCCCAUGUCAGGAGAGAAGGAGGGGGCGAACAGGCUUCCACUUCAGCCUCGACCUGCUCGGAUAUUACCAAGACUGUGACUGCUAUUGCAACAAUUUCGUACGGCGUGACCAGAACUACAACAGUUACAGUGGUCAAGACAGAGACGGAUGAGGUGACAAAGACGGACACUGUCACCACGGUCAAGCCCGGCCCGACACAAACAGUCUCGUCCUACAUGUGCUACUUCAAAGCCAAACUGCUCUACCUUGACGAGUACCGCUACUUACUGUAA